CUGUCGCGGUCGUAACGUAAAGAUUCAAUUUUUGAAAUUCCGCUUUCUUUCUGUUGGUUGCAGAUCGUUCCUAACUGUGAAUAUAUUCAGUUCUGAACAGAACCAAAUAUCUGUUAAAUUCGCGAUAAUAAGGCGCUAUAAGUGAACGUUUUUCGAAAGUGUUUGAAACGCCCUUUGCCAUUCGAAGAGAGUUCCAGCUUAGAAAAACAACAAUGGAUAUCUACGAAUUUGAAAAAUCUCUGCUCGACCGAUUAACUGAGACUUCCGACGUACUCAGCGCUCGGGAUAUAAUACCGGCGAACGAAGUACGAACGGAAUGGGCAAACUAUGUGGAAAUUAUGGCUGAACCAACGGGCUGGCAAGCUGUCUGGCGGAUUCCUCGCGUUGUUUGCGAACAGCUUUCGAUUCGUUUUCCGAUAAUGGUGAUGGGAACUGUGGAACAAGUACUAUUCGACGAGCUGAAGGCCGUAUUUUGUGUUGAAGGGGUUCAGGAUGAUGAUGUGCAUUUACCGGAGAAACAUGCCGUCGCAUUAGACGAACUUUGGCCAAUGAAGGACCAAGAAAAUGAAGCACUGAAUAUGGAUCGCACAGCCGAGUGUAUCGAUCGUCUCAGAUUCUUCUACCACCAUAUCUGGAUGCCUUGGGACUACGAUAAUGAUGAUCAGCGUAGUGAUUGGGCCGACAAACAUCUGGAGAGUAGAAUUAAAUUUUACUAUGAUAUAAAAAAUCGCACAAUGUCGAAGCGUUUAUCUUCUCAUGUGUUAGCUUUGUUGGCAGAAGCCAAUUAUAUUCAGAAAAAAAAAGAAGUUCUCGAGAUGGAGAUUGAAGAUGAAGAAGAAACCGAGCUAGGGGAGGACAGUAGUCUGGUAGAGCACGAUAAAGCUAGCGAGCUGAUGAAGUUGCAUUUACGUUUGAACUCCAUAAAAAAUGAGAUCGACAUUCUUGAAAAUCCAGCAAUGAGAGAACUAUAUGAAAAAGUCCGUUUUACUGAAUGUACCAGCUUUUCUGCCUAUAACACAAUUUCGAACGGAAAACUUACUGCGGAGGCAUUUGUGGUUACGCACAUAGGAACGUUGGAUGAACAAAUAGAUUUUCUUACCAAAGCGAAAUCCAAAUUCAAUGCGAAUAAAGUUGUCCGUAUAUGCGACUCCCUUCAAGGUGCGCUAGACAUAAGCCAAUCGUCUGAUGAAAUUUAUCUUCCACCAGGCAAACACAUGAUUAAAUUUCUCGAAUACCUGAAUGGAGGCGGAGCCAUUAGAGCUAUAACAUCUGUUGAUUUUAAAGAUGUAGAUGAACACGGGAAACUGGAAAUAAUUGAUGAUAAGUCUAUAAUAAGUUCCAAGGAUGAUGACAGCAUUUUGCUAACGGUGGAUGGAAAUUAUUGUUUCGAAAAUGUGCUGCUGGAUUGUAGAAACGUUAGAACCGGCGUGCUUAUCAAACGAGGAAAUGUUUCAUUCAAAAAUUGCUACCUUAUUGGCGAUCCAGCUUCUACAACCAAGCAAGGAAUAGUGGUAUUUGGCAAUUCUACUAUAAGUCUCGAGAAUUGUAUCAUCAAAGACUUUUCUACCGGAAUAUACUCCAACCAUAAUUGCAAUAUUCAUCUAACAGGCACCAACAUUCAGAAUUGCUACAAUGGAAUCGAGGUCCUAACUGGAUGCACAGUAGCAUUCAUAGCGACCAGGAUUCAAAAUUGUAAAAGCUAUGGCGUUUUGUUGGAAGUUAACGAUUCUCCCUUCCCCGAGAAAACCAAUCAGAGUUACGACGACUUUCAGAAAAUUGAACGUCAAGAGUUUCGAUUUGAGCCUGAUUGUGUCUUUGAAAACAACGGAAAAGCCAACUUCAUUCUUAUUAACGGAUCACAGGCUGAUUUCAACAGUUCUUGCUUUAUGGAUCAGAUGGAUCCAUCAUCAAACGUAAGUUUUGCUAACAUCUUGAGAAUCAUGGACAACCUUGCACGUGAGAAUACUGAACAACUGAACGCUGACUUAAAACAUGAGACUAUCAAGGACAUACACAAGGAAGAAUGCGAAAAUAUCAGCGAAGUAGAACAAGAUAUAGGAAGUGUUACGACGAAUGGUGGUGAUAUAUCGACUUUUGACAACGAUAGCGACUCGGUGGAAGAUUCGUUAGAAAGUGGUGGAGGAUCCUUUGAUGUCAUCGAGAUUAACGAUACGGUUAUCGAAAUAGAUUAACCAAAAUCUCAAUCAAUUUUUACCAUAUUUCUCUUUUCCUUCCCCUCUAAGGGUUUUCUGAAAACAGAUUUUUUACAAAAUACAUUCAUACACCGAAAGAAAAAACAUGGUAAACGUUACCAUAUCCAAAGGUUAAUUUAAGAAUAAAAACAGAUGGAUUUUUUUUGAGUACGUUUUUGUUUAUCUUAAACAUGAGUGUGUUUAAAAUUACCAUGUGUAUGCGUUAGGGUGCGUUACGACGUACAAUUUUACCAUGCUAUGGUAAUUAUGACAAAAUAAUGGUAAUUUAUCCAUGCAUUCAAUGAAACCAUUUGAAAUUUAAAAAAUGUUGGUUUAUUUAUCCAUCACUGUUAUUAUCCACGUUAUUUUUUUCACAUAAAUAUUGUUCGGCGUUAAUGAUCAGGAACUAUAAACCUAACUGCAUAAAGUUUCCUUCGACAUUUGGCCUCCGGUGUUCCGCCGUUGUCCAAAGAUUGUAUUUUUGCCUUCGUGAAUCAUCGUCGCCCCGUGCACUAAAAAUAAAAUAUAAAAGAAAUAUCAAAUAUUGUGCAGAAAUACUAAUAAACUUCACUUACUCUUGAAAAUUUAAUGAACUGUUGAAAUUAGCGGUAGUUGAUGACUCGAUGAUGCGUUCUUGCGUUGAUGCACUUCAGAUUGUAAUGGCCUUCUGUGGAUAAAUAAAAAGUGAUAUCCUUCGUCACAGAUCCCACACCAAAACACUUUACCUUCAAGAUCGCAGCACGUAGCACAUAAUCAAUAUUGAUUCCAAAGUUUUCAACAUUAAAUAAAAAUUCAAAGCCGUUUUAAUGGCAAGGAGGAAACAAAAGUGCAAGAUGAUACAACUGAUUGAAAGCAUUUUGGCUAUUGACAUCCAUGGUAAAAUGUACCAGAGUAUUGUCACGAUAACCAAAACUUUAUCCAAAUGCACAAAACGUUCCGCAUGGUAAAAUUAAACCUCUUAUUUUAUUAUGGUUUACCACAUUUUUUUGGCGCGCAUGGUAGCCUUAACCAAAAGAUCGUCAAAAUAACGAAAACUUCAUUUAUAUCAACAAAUUUCGCGCAUGGUAAAAUUAAACCUCUUUUUUCAUUUAAGUUUACCAUAUUUUUUCUGCCCCGCAUGGUAAAAUUAACCAAAAAGUCGUAAAAUUCACCAGAACUUUGUUUAUAUCGACAAUAUCAACGUAUGGUAGAAUUAAACAUUUUUAUUUAUUUCAGAAUACCAUGAUUUUUUUUUCAGUGUAGGAAAUGAUAGCUCUUCAAAAACAUUGAUUAAAAACGCGAUGUUAAGAGUUAUUGAUGUGACAGUAAUGGUUAUGAUCUCAACGAUGAAAUAGGCAAACGAACGAAAGAAUGCACCAACUAUACAUUUUUACAUAAAUACAACAUAGGCACAUAAAAGCUCUACAAUUUGAUGCUACAAAUAAACUUAUCAAGACUAUCCUCUUCGCCAUGGCAUUGCCUCAUUGAGGACAUUAUAUUUGAAUUAAAUACAAAUUUUUC